UAAAGGCUAGGUCAGGAAAAAGUGCAAAUAAAAUACUGGUCCAUAAAUUAACAGCGAACAUUCAAAAAAGUAUUCAACCUGAAUCGUAGCAACGUGACGACAGUUUGUGAUUAACCAAGCGUUUGAAAAACGGAUUUUCAAAAUCCGUCAAAAUGUCACCGUGUUUAAAGUACUUUAGUGCAGAAAUUCACUCACUUCAUGUUCACUGUAGUGGAGCACGCCAGAGAAGUUCACUGUUUUAAGAUGGCUGCCAGUAACUAACGUUGUCGACUGCGACUUUUCAUACCUAGAUUUAGGGAUUUCUCUUUGUCCAAUCCCGUGCCGUUCGAUGACGUUACAUAAAGACGUCACGAAAAAGCGACGCGUCGGCCAUGUUGUCCUCGAAGUGAGGAGCGCGGCGCGCUUAUUUUCAAGCGACUAGAGCGGAAGACACUCGAGCGCAACCUUACAGAACCGGGAGCGAGGAACGGCUAUGGACGCGGAUUUGGACCCGUGUCCGGUGGGGCCCGAGCGCGGGGACGCGGACGCCGGCCUGCCGGCGGCCUGCUCUUCCAACGGCAGCGGCGGCGAGGAGGACGACCCCGAGCCCGAGGUUCUGAGUCGGCAAGCGGGCGGCGACGGAGGCUCGGGAAGUCAACGCACUCCGGAGAGGAGCGUCUUGCUCGGCGGCAGAGAACAAGAAGUGUCGGUGGAAAUCGGAGAAACCUAUUUGUGCCAACGAGCCGACAAAACGUGGCACGCGGCCGAAGUGAUCCAGUCUCGGCUAAACGAGCAGGAAGGAAGAGAAGAAUUCUAUGUGCACUAUGUGGGCUUCAACAGGCGCCUGGACGAAUGGGUGGGCAAAGGGCGCCUGGCGCUCACCAAGACGGUGAAAGACGCGGUGAGGAAGAGCGUGGAGGUGGGCGGCGUAGGCGACAUCGGCGAGCAGCCCGAGCGCAAGAUCACACGCAACCAGAAACGCAAACACGACGAGAUCAACCACGUGCAGAAGACGUAUGCCGAGAUGGACCCGACGACGGCGGCGCUGGAGAAGGAACACGAGGCGAUUACCAAGGUCAAGUACGUGGACAAGAUCCAGAUCGGCAACUUCGAGAUCGACGCCUGGUAUUUUUCGCCUUUCCCCGAAGAUUACGGCAAGCAGCCCAAACUAUGGAUCUGCGAGUACUGCCUCAAGUACAUGAAAUAUGAAAACACUUUCAGGCACCACCUGUCCAACUGCCAGUGGAAACAGCCCCCGGGCAAGGAAAUCUACCGUCGGAGCAACAUCUCAGUGUACGAGGCGGACGGCCGCGACCACAAGAUCUACUGUCAGAACCUAUGUCUGCUGGCAAAACUAUUCCUGGACCACAAAACUCUCUACUUUGACGUGGAGCCUUUCAUCUUCUACAUCCUCACCGAGGUCAACAAGCAGGGGGCGCACAUCGUGGGCUACUUCUCCAAAGAGAAAGAAUCUCCGGACGGGAACAACGUGGCUUGCAUCCUGACUCUGCCCCCGUACCAACGACGUGGCUACGGGAAGUUCCUCAUUGCCUUCAGUUACGAGCUAUCCAAAUUGGAGAGUGCUGUAGGCUCCCCCGAGAAGCCGCUCUCCGACCUAGGCAAGCUGAGCUAUCGCAGCUACUGGUCCUGGGUUCUUCUGGAGAUCCUCCGAGAUUUCAGGGGCACACUUUCCAUCAAAGACCUCAGCCAGAUGACGAGCAUCACGCAGAGCGACAUCAUCAGCACUCUGCAGUCGCUUAACAUGGUCAAGUACUGGAAAGGCCAACAUGUCAUCUGCGUCACUCCCAAGCUGGUGGACGAGCACCUCAAGAGCGCACAAUAUAAGAAACCGCCCAUCACCGUGGACACGCUGUGCCUCAAGUGGGCGCCCCCCAAAAACAAGCAGGCCAAGUUAUCCAAGAAGUGAGUCAAUGUUGAAAUGCAACUUUUGUAAAUAUGUGUUCUACUCGCCUUUUUAACCCCUGACCCAUUUUCAUGCCUGAAAUCCAUUAAGCUUACUGUCAGCAAGCUGUUUUUUUUUUUUUUCCCCCCAAUUUCAAGAAAUCUAAUUGACUUGAAGCACAGGCAGAUCAUUUCUAGUAGAUUUCCACUAAAAACAAAGGAAUUCAACUAGUUUUAAGGAGGUGUGCUUUUGCUGUGCACAUGCUAGUAUUCUGUUUCCGCAACCCCCGACCCCAGGCAUUGCCAUGUCAUUUUAGAAUUAUGAAAUCCUAAUGCUUGACAUGAAUUGUAAUAAGCAAUUAUUUGACAAACACCACAUUGUUACAUGACAUUGUCAGUUGUUGGUUUAUUUGCAAUAAAUUAAAAAAUCAUUUUAUAACAAAGGAAAACAAUUCAUUUCUAUGAGCUUUUAUAUCAUAAAUUCCCGAUUCAGUGGGAUACAAAUAAAUUAACACAAUGCUAGUCAUGUAUUUUAUACAUAUACAUACAGUGGUACCUCAAGAAAAUUCAUUUAUCGAAACUUUUUGCUUCAUAUUACGAAAAUGAUUCAUCAUACGAAAGAUAAUUCCCAUUCACAGCAAUACAAUAAUGUAAAUACUCGUUAUUCUAAUACGCAGACGAGGUGUGAAAAUCAUGCUCAAAUGUUUAAUGAGCUGUUUCAUCCAGUUGCGCAGUAUAGAGUACGCUUCUUUGUAUAUAUGGCCCCAAGGGUAACAUAUGCACGCUGGU